CCAUCAUUGGCGACCAUCGGGUCACCCCGCAGAUAUCUGACACAUGUGAACGACGAUCCUAAUUCCUCCGACUUUUAACUGUCAUUCCGACAGAAAAUGUCAACGCGCUGGACCAUCUUGUUACGGUAUUUCCGUCCUGUUUAACCCCCAAGACCGAAGCGCUUUUCAUGUUCAAUUGGGUAUACUUCAUAUGUCUGAUAAAGUUCACUAUGUUCGACAGCGCUCUGCUCCUCUUCAUUACGCCUUCCAUACGAAAGCGCGCUUUUCGAAAACAGCUAGACGUCCGUAUCUUUGAAGCUGAGCACUGCUUGCAUGAACAUCGUCGUUUUCCUGCGUCCUUCCAAUGUCUACCAGCUUUCAGCGCCCUUUGUUCGCGGGUACCCCCUAACGGACUCUAUGUCAAUCCUUCGUCGUGCAUUUGCCCUGUACCUGUGCUCGUAGACGGGGGGUUCCGUCGACUCGCCGUGCUCGGUAUCGAUGUCGACCCUCUGGGACAAGCUGCCGGAGCUGAAAGGAAUCUAACGCUGGCCGCUUUCGAGUUGCAGUUUCUCAUCCCGCAUCGGUCUAAGUACAAGCUUAUAUGUCAGCUGAAAGUCUGGUAUCAUGUCGAAGAUAAACCCCUUUGCAUAUCAGACCCCUUCUUUGACCGGAUCCCUCCUCUCAUCCAUACCAAAGAGCCGGAACUUAUUGAAAAGAUCGGUCUCGAUGGUGUCUCCUUCCUUCAAUUCCUCAGUCUCCUGCAUACCCUCUAUAGCGGAGUGCAUCUUAACGUGCUGGAGUGUUCAUCCUACGUCGUGACAUGCAAGACAACAGCCUCUAUGCCGCCGUCGCUUUUAGUUAUCUCUUCGCAGUGCUUGUCAUCGUACUGGUGUACAUCUAUUGGUGUGACAUGUUACGGCCUCGCAAGGAGUGGUUCCGUUCACCCUGAGUACACGAAUUCCUUCUACGCGCGCUCCCUAAGCAUCACACACGUCCCCGAAAAAUUUCGGUCGGAUGGCGGAAUAAAUGCUAUCCUAAAUACCGUCAGUAUGCCCUACUCCACAAACGCAGUGCACAUCAGUCGACAAGUCGGAUUUCAUCCAGAGUCGACUAAGUAUCAUAAUCAGACCGUGCGGGAAUUGGGAGCAAUUUUGGUCAAGCAUCUCAAGAACAGUAGGUAUGUGAUGCGAGCUUUUGUUGCGGCUCUCAUUGAAGAGCAUGCUAGCGUGAAAGAGAUUUUCCAAAAUGUGUACACUAUGUGGAUAUCGAACCAGAUAUCCUCCCGCUGA